GAAUCCUGCGGAUAGCCUGACGGCUCGUUUGACCUUCGUCUGUCGUCUCGUCUCGUCCACCUCCCCAGCGGCGCGUGAAGCUUGAGGCAAUCCCCGCCCUCUCUAGCCCUGCGCAACCAGUUCGGUUCCAUGGCCAACAGCAAUCUCCCGCGCCGAAUCAUCAAGGAGACGCAGCGGCUUCUCAGCGAACCAGCACCGGGGAUUAGCGCGUCGCCGUCGGAGGAGAAUAUGCGGUACUUCAAUGUCAUGAUCCUUGGCCCCGCGCAGUCACCCUAUGAAGGUGGAGUUUUCAAGCUUGAACUAUUCUUGCCUGAGGAAUAUCCAAUGGCUGCCCCAAAAGUUAGAUUUCUCACAAAAAUUUACCAUCCUAAUAUUGACAAGCUUGGUAGGAUAUGCCUCGACAUUCUUAAGGACAAAUGGAGUCCAGCUCUUCAGAUACGUACAGUUCUACUGAGCAUUCAGGCACUUCUGAGCGCCCCAAACCCAGAUGAUCCUCUCUCAGACAACAUUGCGAAACACUGGAAAUCCAACGAAGCUGAAGCUGUUGAGACAGCGAAGGAGUGGACUCGCCUGUACACAAGUGGGGCAUGACAGCCAAGUGUUGUUCCAGAUGUAACAACACUUCCAUAGUUUGGGGUCGAUUGAACACCCCUCUUGCUUGGUGUGCGCAAAUUUGUGAAAUGUUGCAAUGGGGUAAAAAACAAAAAGCUCCAAUCAUGCUUUGUACUUGUGGCUGUAGCUCCGUUCGCUGCAGUGCCCAUGAACAUCAAAGCAGGUGUUGCUUUGUCCGUUCCUAUCCGACCAUCAGUUGCUU